AGCUCCUGCAGCUUGAACCUUGGCAUGAACCUACAGUACUCACUUAGCUACCCCGCAAUCUGACAGAUAUCUUCCAUCCCUUCCCGCCUCGUUCAUCCCGUCGAUCAUCAAACCCAAGCUCAGCACCAUCAUCAAUUCCACCAUCAACCGCAUCCGCAUCACCAUGGCAACUCCCAGCAACCUCCUCGCCGACUCCCCACCGACGAUCUGCCUCCUCGAGAUUGCGCCGCACUUCAACGCGCUCACGGCGACGGAGAAACUGUACGCGCACCACAUCUCGCGGGCCUCCUUCCUAGGCACACGGAUAGUGCUACGACAGAUCUCGCCCGAAUCCGAGGCGAUAUACGACCUGAUCCUUGCCGCGUACAAAGCCGUUUCGGGGGACUGGUUGAAGCUCUCGUCGGACACGGAGGCGGUACAGUACUGGAUCGAGUACGCGGCACAGUUCCUCGGCAACUGCGGGAACUACAAGUCGUUCGGCGACCAGAAGUUUGUCCCGCGUGUCCCGAAGGAGAAGUUGGAGGAGCUCAUGGCGUACAACGAUCAGCUGAAGGGGCUGUUCGAAAUGUGUGCGGAGGGCAUUUAUAGCUUUGCGCCUGCGGCGAAGACACUGCUGGGUUACCCCCAGGAUGGUCAUGUGUCGCAGUAUUAUCCAGGCUCGCCCGGGAUCACGAAGGAGGACAUUGCGAAGGUUCAUGCCGAGACGAGUGGAAAGUUCUCGCCGGAGAACACGAGGCUCAGGAAGACGGCGGUGGAUGGAAAGGAAAAAUUCGAACUGCUCGUGGCGAGUGCGGAUGAGGGGAGGGAGAUGGUGGGUGAGGUGGAAGUGGUGUUCGGUGACCACAAAGAUGUGAUGGCGAAGAUCGUGGCGGAGUGUGAUGCAGCGGCGGAGGCGGCGCUCAAUGAUACGCAGAGGGAUAUGUUCAAGAAGUAUUCCGAGUCUUUCAAGACUGGCUCCAUCAACGCACACAAGGAGUCGCAGAAGCUGUGGGUGCAGGAUAAGGGCCCGAAGGUGGAGUCGGAUCUGGGAUUCAUCGAGAGCUACCGGGAUCCACAUGGGAUCCGCGCCGAGUGGGAGGGGUUCGUGGCGAUGGUUAAUCAGGAACAGACAAAAAAGUUUGGAGAGCUGGUGGCCAGGGCCUCGGAAUUCAUUCCGAGACUGCCAUGGGCAGAUGAGUUCGAGAAGGAUACGUUCCUGAAGCCGGAUUUCACGAGUUUGGAGGUUCUAAGCUUCUGUACGAGCGGCAUUCCGGCGGGAAUCAAUAUUCCGAACUACGACGAUAUCCGCCAGAACCACGGAUUCAAGAACGUCUCACUGGGAAAUAUUCUCUCCGCCAAAGCGCCGAACGAGAAGGUAACCUUCGUCAAGGACAGUGACCUCGCUCUCUUCGAGGGUCUCAAGGGCUCCGCUUUCGAAGUGCAGGUCGGCGUCCACGAGCUUCUCGGGCAUGGUACCGGAAAACUCUUGCAGGAGGUCGAGAAGGGGAAAUACAACUUCGAUAUCGACAACCCUCCCGUCAGUCCCGUCACUGGGGAGAAGGUGAAGACGUGGUACGGAGUAGGUGAGACGUGGGGUGGCGUGUUUGGUAGUAUUGCGGCGAGUUACGAGGAGUGUAGAGCUGAGUGUGUGGCGAUGUACCUUGGUGGUGAAAAAGAUUUGUUGAAGAUAUUCGGGUUCACGGAUGAUAGUGAGAAGAAGGCCGACGAUGUCCUGUACAUCGAAUACCUCCAAAUGGCGCGCGCCGGUCUCCUCGCCCUCGAAUUCUGGGAUCCCGAAUACAAGAAGUGGGGUCAAGGGCACAUGCAAGCGCGCUACUCGAUCCUUCAGACCAUGCUCCAGGCUGGCGACAACUUCGUAACCCUCGAGUCUUCCGCCGCCGAUCACAACGACCUGGUUAUAGCUCUGGACCGCACCAAGAUCCGCAGCCACGGCAUUCCCGCCAUCGGCAAAUACCUCCAGAAGCUGCACGUCUUCAAGAGCACUGCCGACUUUGCCGCAGGAGAGAAAUUGUACGCCGAGAUGUGCACCGUGAACGAGCAUAUGGCCAAGUACAGGGAGGUCGUGAUGAGAAAGAAGUUGCCGCGGAAGCAGUUUGUGCAGGCGAAUACGAAACUGGUGAAUGGAGAGGUGAAGUUAGUCGAGUAUGAGGCCUCCCUGGAGGGGCUGAUCAAGAGCUUUGCGGAGAGGGAAGUGUAAAAUGGCGCAUAGGAAUCUGCAUAUCAACGAGGAAUGUGUAAGAUGGCUCGUAGGAAUCUGCGUAUCAACGAGGGAUGCUCUAAACUACUAGUAGAGAUGGAGCAAGCGGAAUAGUGAUAUCGAUUUCCCUUUCUAAUUGCUGCAAUGGAUCAUUAACCGACACACUUCCGUCCAACAUCGUGAGAGAGAGAGAUCUUCAGUUUGUUUCGCGUGCAGCCCAUCUAGACUAUGGCGAACCGUCGCACUCCUUUCCUGCC